AUGGAAAUAAAGGAUUAUCUGUUCUAUUUCUUGGCUCUGGUAGCUUUCCCCAUCUCAAUUUAUCAAGGAGUCAAACUUAGAGAGUACGUCAACUAUAUCAAAGACGAGAAGCCAGAUUGCACACAUACCAAUCCCUAGUUCUUACAGCUAUUCUUCGGUACCUGGGUUGUCAUUAUUAACUUUAUGAUCCCAGUAUAGUUUGUAGCGAAGUCACUUUUCUUGAAGGUAUUACCUUAGAAGAAGUUCCCUAUUGGAAGCUCAACAAGAGACACCAAAGCCUAGAUUAUCGCAGAGAGAGUCUUUAGAUUUUUCGUCUACUGCGGGACAUCAUUAGCACUGUUUUGGAAUCUUAAGUAGAGCAACUUCAUGCACAAGGGGUUGAUGGGUAGCGAGGAAAAUCCUUAGUACUUCACUAACUACCCAUGCUAGCAACUUCCUAAUUUUAUCGAUGACCUCUACGUCAUCAAGUUAUCUUACCAUACUUUCGAGAUGGUUUACAAUUGCAUUGCACAUAGACACCGCAGAGAUUUCUCAGAGUUCUUAUUACAUCAUAUUAUUACCAUCGCAUUAGUUGGAGUGUCAUACUGUACAAACUGCUUACCAGUAGGCACAGUAAUCAUGCUGAUAAUGGAUGGAAGUGAUAUUUUUGUAGCUCUCUUUAAGAUGUGCGUCGAUGUCAAUGAAAUCGUUUAAAACGUAGUCUUUGGAAUUAUGGCCUCAACUUGGUUCUAUUCUAGAAUUUAUUUCUUCCCGAUAUACGUUAUGAAGCCUUUCUAUGACUAAGCUUGGUUCCAUGAACACCCAGUAGCCCAACCAGUAGCAAGGUUUUUGAUUGUUUUCCUUGGCAUUUUGCAAGUUCUCAACGUGUUUUGGUUCUAUCUAAUGAUUACCGGUUUAAUCAGAAGACUGAAUGUCAAAAAAUAUAAGAAAGAUCAAAUUCAGUUCAAGGUAGAAUGA